AUGAGCUUUGCUGAGCUCUUAGAACACGUCGGCAGCAUGGGCCGCUUUCAGAUCACCUACGUCGUGCUGCUGGCCAUGCCUGUGUUCCUGAUGGCCUGCCAAAUGGUCCUACAGAACUUCACAGCGGCCACCCCUGGCCACCACUGCUUGACCCACUAUGACGGCGCUUCUGGCAACCAGAGCCAUGGAAGGGAGCAUCUCCUCAGGGUCUCCAUCCCCAUGGAUGAGAAGCAGCGGCCAGAGCAAUGUCGCCGCUUCGUCAACUUCCAGUGGCGGCUCCUAAACCCCAACACCACUGAUGGGAACGGGACCGAGGUGGAAACGGAGCCAUGCCACGAUGGCUGGGUGUACAACCGGAGUGUCUUCCCCAACACCAUUGUCACGGAGUGGGACCUAGUUUGUGACUCCCGGACCUUGAAGCAUAUGGCCCAGUCCCUCUACAUGGCCGGCGUCCUGCUGGGUGGGAUUGUAUUCGGAGGCCUCUCGGACAGGUUUGGUCGCCGGCGGAUUCUCAUCUGGUGUUACCUGCAGAUGGCCGUCACAGGCACCGUCACGGCCUUUUCACCCAGUUUCAGUUUCUACUGCACCCUCCGCUUCCUGACGGGGAUGUCUUACUCAGGCAUUAUUCUCAAUUGUGUCUCCAUGUCUGUGGAAUGGACGCCCACUAGGACACGAGCAAUGUUGGGGACCUUGAAUGGCCUUUCGUACACCACUGGACAGAUCAUCCUGGCCGGUGUGGCCUACCUGGUCCCAGAUUGGCGCUGGCUACAGCUCACCGUGUCUCUGCCUUAUUUCCUCUUCUUCUUCUACUCCUGGUGGUUUGCCGAAUCGGCCCGCUGGCUGGUGAUGGCUGGGAAACCAGAGCAGGCUGUGAAGGAGCUGAAGAGAGCGGCCAGGCUCAACGGAAAGGCCGAAGCUGCCCACAAGAUCAACACUGAGUUCUUGAGGUCCACCAUGAAGGAAGAGAUGGAAGAAAUGAAACCUAGCUAUUCCGUGGCGGACUUGGUGAGGACACCCACAAUGCGCCGAAUCUCCUGUUGCCUGUGCUUCGUGUGGUUCUCCACCAGCUUUGCUUAUUAUGGGCUGGUCAUGGAUCUGCAGAACUUUGGGGUCAACAUCUACGUGAUCCAGCUGGUUUUCGGAGCGGUCGAUUUCCCCGCCAAGUUCAUUUCGCUGCUCACCAUCAGCUUCGUCGGGCGCCGGUUCACGCAAGCUGCCUCGCUCAUUCUCGCCGGGUUGACCAUUCUGGCCAACAUCUUGAUUCCUCAAGAUAUGCAAACCAUACGCACUGUCUUUGCUGUCUUUGGGAAAGGCUGUCUGGCUGCCUCUUUCAAUUGUGUCUAUUUAUUCACGGGAGAACUCUAUCCAACCGUGCUCAGGCAAACGGGCAUGGGCCUGAGCAAUACUAUGUCCCGCCUGGGAGGUAUGGUUGCCCCGUUGGUGAAGAUGGCUGGUGAGUACAUCCCCUUCUUGCCCCAUGUGAUCUACGGCACCGCCCCUAUUGUGUCCGGGAUCGCUGCGGCCUUCCUUCCGGAAACCCUCAACGUUCCACUUCCAGAAACAAUCGAACAAGUGGAGAGCAAGUGA